UCUGCCGGGCACCUUGCCCCUUGGCCGCAGCCGUUUCACCCCGGUUUCCCAUGGCGGAGGGCUGGCGGUGGGAGCGGCCGUCCUGACCCUUCUUUUCCCUUUUCCUCUCUUCUCCAAGGCUGCAAGAUCAAAGCUCUGCGGGCCAAGACCAACACGUACAUCAAGACGCCGGUGCGGGGCGAGGAGCCGGUCUUCAUGGUGACGGGGCGGCGCGAGGACGUGGCCAUGGCGCGGCGGGAGAUCAUCUCGGCGGCCGAGCACUUCUCCAUGAUCCGGGCGUCGCGCAAUAAGGCCGGCACCACGUUCGGCAGCGCGCCCACCCUGCCGGGCCAGGUCACCAUCCGGGUGCGCGUCCCCUACCGCGUGGUGGGGCUGGUGGUGGGCCCGAAAGGAGCCACCAUCAAGAGGAUCCAGCAGCAAACCAACACCUACAUCAUCACGCCCAGCCGGGACCGAGACCCCGUCUUCGAGAUCACCGGCGCGCCGGGCAACGUGGAACGCGCGCGGGAAGAGAUCGAGACCCACAUCGCGGUGAGGACGGGGAAGAUCUUGGAGUACAACAACGAGAACGAUUUCCUCUCCAGCAGCCCCGACUCCAGCAUGGAGAACCGCUACUCGGAGGCCUGGCGGGUGCACACGCCGGCGCCGGGCUGCAAACCGCUCUCCACAUUCCGGCAGAACAGCCUGGGCUGCAUCGGGGACUGCUCGGUGGACCCGGUCUACGAGACGCCGCGGCUGAACGACCAAAACGACUUCAAUUACGGUUACCUCUUCCCCAACUACGGCGUCAACAAGCAAGACCUGUACUACGGGGUGCCGGAGUCGGGCGCCCCGAUGUGGGCCGGGCAGGAGAACACCAACCCGGUCUCGGUGCUCUUCUCGAAGCAGCAGCGCUCCAGCAGCACCGGUGCCAUCCACCCCAAUUCCCACCGCUCGCCGUCCUCUUCCAUCCAGGAGCCCAAUCUCUCCGCUCUGCCGCGGCGAUCCCAAGGGGAACCGCUCCAGGGCUUCUCCAAACUGGGGAGCACCGGCGCUGCCCGGACGUCCGUCUCCAGCAGCCGCGAGUGCAUGGUGUGCUUCGAGAGCGAAGUGACGGCGGCGCUGGUGCCGUGCGGCCACAACCUGUUCUGCAUGGAGUGCGCCGUGAGGAUCUGCGAGAGGACUGACCCCGAGUGCCCGGUGUGCCACGCUGCAGCCACUCAGGCCAUUAGAAUAUUUUCCUAA